AUGACAAGGAUUCAACAAAGAUUACUGACAAAACAAAAGAUCAUGGCGCUAGUCCCUGACUUUGAAGAACAAGGUAUAGAUGAUCUCAAGACAAUUCUUGUUCCAUUAGCACAUCAUUUGAGACCAAUGCUCCUCAAUUCAUGGAAAGAAAGAAGUAAGGUUGCAUUCCCAAUGCUCCUCAAUUCAUGGAAAGAAAGAAGUAAGGUUGCAUUCACAGAAAAUGCAGAGAGAAUGAAACGUUUACUAGAUAAUUUGCAACAAAGACUUGACGAGCCUCUCCUGAAUAUGCAGUUAUAUGAAAAAGCACUAGAUUUGUUUGAAGAUGACCAAUCAACUUCGGUUCAUGGUAAAGCCCUUCAAGCUCCAGGAAGGGCCAUUUCAGUUGUCGUCUCUCAAUUGAAGAACCCUAGACUAUUUCACACCAUUUUCCCCGAUGUUUUGAAAUACAGCCAAAGAAAACAUUUUUCGAUCUUCAGCUGUAGGGAAGUAGAAUUCUCGGUUCCCAAACACUGUCUUAAUUCACUGAGCUUAGCCAACAAUGGUUUUGUAGAUGAUGAGAGAUUGAGAAGCAGCGUCGUAAUGAAGAACGUCGAUGUGGCGACUCUCAGAAACCUUUGUGUGGAUAUUGUUCUCAAUGUCCCCAAGUUGCCACCCAAGUUGUUUCAGGAAUGGCUAGCUUAUAUGGAAGAAUUGUCCAAGUUACUUCUUGUUGGAGUAUAG